AUAUUAUAUUAUAUUAUAUAUACACACACACAAUGGAAUUCAAUGGGGUUCAAUGUUGCUUGGUCCCCACUGGUGCUCAUUGUAUGGGCAAAAACAAUUGAAACACUCUUCAGAAUAUCUUCUUUUGUGUUCUACUAAAAAAGGAACAGGUUUGGAAUGACAUGAGGUUGAGUAAUUGAUGACAGAACUUAAAUACUUUACUAUCCAUUUAAUACUAUAGGGUUAGGUUAGAAAUUUGAACAAAAACUCUAAGAAUGAGCAAACUUAAUGGUGAUUGUUGAUUUUCCUUCUGAAGAGAUGAGUCUAAAGGUGAUGAUACAAGGGGCAACUUUUUGAGCAAUGUUGCUGAGCAAUGUUGCCUGGGAACUUUCUCAUUGAGAAUGAACAACAAAUUUUUAUCUGGAUACUUUAGAUCGGUCGUGGGCAAUUUUCUGAGAUCCUCGAAUCAGAAUGCUAGCAGCCGAUCACUUGACCGGCUUGGAGAUUUCAGAAAAAGUUCAAACAAGAUGGCGGCCUCUUAGCGGCAGUGGAGCGAAGAAAAGGAGAGUGAACUUAUAUUUUUUUAAGCAGGUAAGUUGUCAUGUGUCAACCCAAAACAGGGAAUUUACCUCAUUUAAUGCUUAAAAUACCAAUAAGUAUCCAAUUUAAAAUGUGCAGGCUAUAAUUUAGCCAUCAAAUGUUUUCAGUUAAAUAAUAAAAGGACGCGUCCUGUUUAACGUCUGUAGUGGUGUAGGCUGUAGGACGUAUGGCACAUGAAGGAAGCUUUCUUGCUCUUCUGUGUUUUCCUAUCAUAAAUCAGAUCGGAAAGGCAUUUAUAUUUAAUAAAAACAAAGAAAAUAUUUGAAAAGUUGAAAUAAAGUGCCUAACAAGUGUUCAUUGGCAAUAGAUUUGCUCCUCUCUGAUUGGUUGCUGCCAACUGUCCGUUGCCCUAAUUAGUUACCCUGUGUCUCACCAGGUUGCCUGUUGACGGCAACAUUGCCCAGCAACAUUGCUCAAAAAGUUGCCCCGUGUAUCAUCACCUUAAGGUACUCUAGCUAGAAGACCAGUGUAAGAUGGACCAGAUAAGACUGCUUUAAAUUGGUUAAGAUAUGCUCUCAUAACAGCUAGUGGUACAUGAUGUUUUCAGUGGUGAUGUUGUAAAUCCAAUCAAGUCUUUAAUGCAUCACAAAUUGGCAUGGAGCCUAAAUUUCAGUCAGUCACCAUCCGUACGGCUUCUGUUUUUGUUAAUGGAAUAAGUAGCCUAUAUUUUAUCAGAUCGUCUGCAAUUGACAUGGUAACAAGCAUCUUACUUUGUGGCCUUUCUUCACUCUGAACGCUUCUGCGCAUCCGAACAUGUUUGAUGGGCUGCGUUUCUUCUGCUCAUACUAUUACCAGAUGUUCCCUUUGUCCAUAAACACAGACGCAGAGGUCAGACAUACACAAAGAUUUCUCUAGACACUCCUCACACACCACCCCAUGUGGUGAAUAAAAACAAACUGCUAACACAAAGCCUGGUCUGUUAGUCUGCGGCAGUCUGCACCUCUUCUCACUUCAAGUACCGGCAUUCUAAACGCACCACAAUAAAUAUCCUUCUCAGCAGCAGGCGUGACUUAACAAAAUAGGGAACAGAUAGUCUUGAGCUUGACUGCGUUCAAUAGAAGACCUUUUAAUAUAGAAAAUGGUAGCAUACAUGCCUGUACAAAAAUAGUGUCUCUGCUCUGUGGGGUUAAUGCCACACUGAAUGGUCUAGACCCAGGGGAUUGAGAAGGGUUUAUGGAGGAAGACGGUGGGUGGUCUAUACGGCAGGAUUCUCUGCUACAGCAGUGAUCUCCAGGUCUGUGGGCCUGAGAGUUUGACGGACUACUGAUUUAAACCUGCUGUCUCACUCUAUGAAGGGAUGAGUAUGUGCUGUUUGUGUUCACUGUGUUUUCACCGAGCAGCUGAGUCAGGCUGGACUCGACUAACACCUUCCCAUCACUAUGGGGACAGCCUUUCUCUUAUGUUCUCCUAUAGCAGAUGACCAUAAUCAGAGCAGAUGACCUGUUUCAUUUGACAUGUACGAAAACAAGCCUGUGAGGGAUAGGAGUAUAGUUCAUACUUGUACAUCUUAAUAAUAAAAAAACCUGAUCACAACCCAUUUUACCUCUGCAGUGAUGUAUUGUGAUUGAUUUUGUAAGUGAAGAAGUAUUUUGAUAUUGAAAGAAAGGUAGGACAGGAUUUUUUUGUUGUGAUAAUUGGUUGCAACAUCAGCCAUUAGUUAGUCAUUGUAGAUCAAGAGCAAGUGGAAUGUUAUUUUUUGAAAUAAUCUACAUGAAUAAGUAGAUUUCCAGUAGGACCAGAAAUUAAAAUGAAAAAAAGUAAAAAUUGUGGGCCAACUAAAUUUUUGGAAGACAGUUUUAGUGGUUCGCCAGAAUGAUCGACAUGUACAGUAAGUGCGUGUCAUUAAAGAAGCUGUAAAUUCAACUUUUACAGCUUAAUUUUGUCAAAUUAAAUAUGCCUCACUCAGUCUCAUGCAUUUAGCCCUUCCAUUCCUCUUUAUCUCUUCCUUUCCUCCUCAUUGUUCUCGUCCUAAUAGAUGAGCCCAGUGUUGUCCGCUCUCCACCUUUCAAGUUGGGCCUAUUUUUAGCCCCUCGUGUGCCUGGCUGAGGGGAUGCGUGAAAGUGGGGGACUGUGUGUGUGUUUGUUGAUUCUGGCAAUGACGGAAUGAAAGGAGACUGACGGGGUGCUAUGGUUUUAAUAUUACCAUGGUGACAGGGAACAGAAACUGAUUACUAUGAUAUAAAUGGUUUGUGUUAGGGAAACACUUAAAGUUCAGUAAAUCUGUGUGGCCGACCAGACUGGCACAAAUCAUAUCAUGAUAACCUUAGUAUUUUGACUGCCCGCAUACGUUGAUGCUGGCUAUAUGCCAAUCUCUGAUAUCACCAUCUUUCCUAAUUCAUCUGAUAACAUGUGUAUUUGUUUCAUGUAUCGCCAAGAAAAAUUAGCAUGUAGGAUUCAACUGACUGCCUAACAUGCAUCAAAGGACUUUGAAGUGUUACGUAAAUAGGAGCCACAACACUGCAUAAAAUGGGCAUAAUUUCACGUUGACGACAUGAAAAGUUUCAGUUGAUCUAGUAAGAAAUUUAUUUCUUUAACUUUGGAAAUGGAUACAUUCUGACCUUCUGCUGUUUUUUUUUUGCAUGUGUCCGCAUAGGCAGGAGAAAGAGCGAGUGCGUGGGAGGGAUGUUGUAUUGGAAUUGUGAUGGGAAUAGAAGGAAAAAGAAGGACAGAGCAAGUAAUAUGAGUUUUACAUUAGAGUGUUGAUAAGGGAGUCUAAAAAUCUGAAAGCAAUGCUUUUUUUGGAUAGUAUUUGUGAGAGAUUGAGUGGUGGGUACGAGCGGGGUGAAGGAGUGUAUGGAUUGACAAGGGAAGGGGAUGCCUCUUUGCUCAUGCUUCGACAUCUGCUCACAGGCUAGAGCCAAGGGUGGGAGGAGUUUGUGUGCUCCUGCUGCAGCGGAGAGAGGGAGGGAGAGAGGGAAGGAAAGAGCGGGGAUGCAUCAGUGCCACAGAAGAGAGAGAGACUGCUUUCUGCAUCACACACUCUAUCCUUCAUUUACAUUCCAGACGCUGGCUCCUCUCUAGAGAACCCCUUCUCCGUUUGAAAUGCCAAUCACCACUUGCUGUUUCUUCAUCCUGGAUCACACAUACUUCCUCCACAUUGAUGUGAGGGAGCUGGGAGCCUGGCACGUGCUGAAGAGAUUCCCCACUGUUCAUUCGAUUGACGACUGACGACUGAAGUUUCUGCAAAGACAUCGCUUUGGAUUGCGUCCUUUUUGGGAUUUGUUGGAAUAAACCAUUUGAUUACUUUAUUGUGAGGAAUCUCCAGUGCUUUUUUGCUAUACGUGAUCCUCCGGACUAAUAACUGUUUGAGAGCGACUGGGACUUCUGUGAUCAGAGUGGCAAGGAGUCUGCUUCCUCUGCUUUUUUCCUUGUGCGCGUCCUGUGCCGGCAGCUGCCUACCCUGCUCAGGCGCAGCUGUGCUUCUCCCUGGAAAGGUGGGGGACUGAUAAAAGAGGAGGGUUUAUUUGUCCUGUACUGCUGGGGUUUUAUCCAGAAUUUAAGCUAGACUCACCACCUGCCCCCACAAUAGUCACUGUAUUAUCCAGUGUGUUUUACAAGUGACUCUCCCCAGGAUACUGACACUGCAUGCGUAUGUGUUAGUGAAAGGAUUGGUGUGGACACUGAGGACUAGUGGCUCAUGUUGCUAAUAUGGAAGGCACCUGGCAUGGACACCUCCCCCAACAAGGACAGCCGUACUGUAGGCAGUCUUUGCUGAGCUAGGCCCCCAAGGAACUAGCACCCUAAUUGUGCGCCCAAGCGCACCCUGAACAAGAUGAACGCCACUGAGUUGAACCAUAGCACAGAACCCUUCUGCCUGCUGGACAUUGGCUACUCCCAGAUUUUUAACACCUGCCUGCUGGAAGUAGCUGUUAUUUUCUUUUUGACAGUGCUCAUCAUCUCUGGGAACCUGGUGGUUAUAUUUGUGUUCCACUGUGCCCCGCUACUCAGCCACCAUACCACUAGCUCCUUUAUACAGACUAUGGCAUACGCAGACUUCCUGGUUGGGGUCAGCUGUCUUAUCCCCUCUCUGUCUCUUCUGCACCAUCUGGAGGGUUUGAAUGAGAAACUCACCUGCAUGGUCUUUAGCUACAUGGUCUGCGUGUUGAAGAGUGUCUCCAUGGCCUCUCUGGCAUGCGUUAGUAUUGACCGUUAUGUUGCCAUCACCCGACCUCUUUCCUACACAGCUCUGGUCACACCCUGCCGUCUUCGCACUUGCAUUACCCUUAUUUGGCUGUAUUCAGCACUCAUCUUUUUGCCGACUUUUUUUGAUUGGGGCAAGCCGGGAUACCAUGGUGAUGUAUUUAAAUGGUGCUCCUCUUGGGACACCCAGCCCCUUUUUACCGCCUUUAUUGUUGCGGCCCUCUACGCACCAGCUGCUUUUACUGUUUGUUUCACUUAUGCCCAUAUCUUUCGGAUCUGUCGGCAGCACACUCGGCAGAUCAGUGAGCGGAGAGCUCGCUUUGGCCCACAGGAUCCUGAGACGGGUGAGCAAGCUUGCACGGACAAACGCUACGCCACCGUGCUCUUCCGUAUCACCAGUGUGUUCUACCUGCUUUGGCUACCCUACAUUAUUUAUUUUUUACUGGAGAGCGCAGGGAUAUACCACCAUGCCAUUGCCUCAUUCCUGACCACAUGGCUGGCCAUUAGCAAUAGUUUUUGCAACUGUCUGAUUUACAGCCUGUCUAACAGCGCCUUCCGCAAAGGCCUCAAGCGCCUCUGCCUGCUUUGUCUUCAACGUACCGACACCAAGAAGCCUCUAGGAGAUCCGCCAGCACCUCAACGCCCUGCAUGCCAUGUGUAACGCCAUCUUUUGGCAAGAUAGUGAGCUUUAUAUUGAUGGCAAGGGUCUUGUCUGUUAAGUGGGUGCUGAAGAUCAUCUGAGCACUAUCCCAGUUCAGUCCCGGUGUUCUGAAUGAGGCUAGAUGACAAAGGUCCGUUUGCCUUUAUGUAUAGUUGCAGGAUUACCUGGUAGGAAGAAAUGGACCUUUGAUCUUGGUCAUUAGAGAUGAAGUGCACAACUAUGUGAGAGUGGGCUAUUCUCAUUGGUGUUUUCAGAUAUACCAUUCUCAGCAGUUUUUGCUACAGUGAUUAAUUAAGCAACGACGAAAGGAGAUAAAUAUCAUUCUGUGAGACAGAAUUGUGAUUGUGAAGUCUUGCAUUAAAUAUUGUCUGGAUGCAAAAAACAUCAUUUUAAUGUAUGACAGUACUGCAAAGAUGGAGUUGCGCUCAGCAAAUGUCUUCUUAAAAGAAGACCAGCUUGUGUCUUUAACAGACUUAAGCUAGCUGAUCUUUUAGACUUUGUGGUGAAUUUACCAGCCUUUGUGGACUUUUAGUUCUGCUCAUGUUGUCUACAUAGUGAGAACAAAUGGUCUCUGUUUCUCCAGUUAACAUGCUCACAUUUGUUUAAAUGUAGGAAGAAGGAUCUCUGCUAGACUGAUGUAAAAUCUGAAACAUUAGACUAGAUGUUAAAAUUAACUUCUGAACAGAGACUCUGCAAAGAUUAAAAGCAUUUCCAAGAGAUGAUCUGAUUUCAGACUCAUAAUCUUAGUUAUGUUUUUACUAGUAAUAUCCAAUUCUUGCCUCGUAAUUUCCGAGGAUAAUCUGAUCACUACCCUGCUCUCAGCUGAGGAAUGUUUGCUAGAUGUUUCUUGUCUAAGAAUCAGCGAUAAGUCUUGACCUUCAGCGAUCACAAUUGGAAUUUUUUCUAAAGCCCUUUUCCCAAAGAGCAGAAUUCUACUCUAGCCCCUAAGCGAUGCCACAAUUACAUGGUCUUCCCAUUUUCUGCUUAUUUAAAGCCAUGAAGGGAUUACAUAACCACGCCUCCAGUCAGAGGACAUCAUCCUUAAAAAACGCAGUAAUACAACAGCAAACAGACGGCACAUUCUGACUCCUUUCUAACCCUUGAUCACACUGGAGAUGAACUUCCUUGCUGAAACAAACAUUCUUUCACCCCGGCAUCAAUAGGCUAACCAUCCUGCAAGUCAUUCUGAAUGAUCUAUUUAACUACUUGGAGUAUUUUAUCUGAUUUUAAUUUGAUUUUAAUGUCUGCUGGACAGAAAGACUCUUGGACUCUGCCGUGAAGUUUCAAUCCUGUACAACUCUCUUGCCAUGCUUGGGUUGCUUCCACGGGUUAAAAUGUGUCCAGACACACAAUCAUCCUUAAAAUAUUGCAUAAUGCAGUUAGGCACAACACAGAAUCACAUGACUGUAACAGAUGUUAGUUGCUUAAUUCUGCAUUUGGGCCCUUAAGAUGAACAACGCUGCAGUGGUGAAGGUUGCUGAUGUGGGCAAGAACCAAAAAGCUUGUUGUGUUCAACUGAAGGUGUAUUAGGACACUUGGAUAAAAUGGAGGUCAGAAGAAAACCUACUAAAACAGUGAUAUCUGGAUGCAGAGGUCAAAGUUUUAUGGCAAAUGCUUCUGGAGAGUCCUGCAUAUGCACGCACGCACACACACACGUAAAAAGCGGAACAAUAAUAAACUGCAUCUUACAGCGCUGUACUAUUUAUCUUUAUGACACACUUAAGAAGCCUCAUACACAGAUUCUGUACAUAAUUCAUAUGUGGAGGUGCCAAGAAAAUAGAGGGCAUUGAAAAUCAUGCCCUUUGUCAUUUUUUUCAUGCUGUGACUAUGAUCAUAAAUUUACUCAUUUGGAUGGUACUGUUAAAAAUACUUUCUUAUGCGGAUAGCUUUGUCCUUAUAGCUGACCAAAGUAACAAUAUUUAUUGAUGUUCUCUGAUGGAAUUGUGUUUAUAUAUAGGAACCACAAAAUGUAAUAAGAUUGAAAAUUACAUUUUGAAUGGAUUUAUUAUUUGUAGUAUGUAAGGCAUUUAUUAUAAAAACAGUCUGCAUUCCUCUUUGUAUUUAAUCUAAUAGUAUUUAUGAAUUUUACCUUCUCUUAAAUUGUUUUAAGAGAAUCUUUUCCAUUGGAGAGGGUUAAAUAUUGUGGCAUAUUCCCAAAUACUUUUUGUAUGAUACCAUAGGACAAAUGCUCUAAUUUUAUCACCAAAACCAGUAGUUUGACUGUCAGAAAUGGAUAUAGUUAUUAUGCCACUUCAUUUCAGUUAAUGACUGAAUUGCCUAAAGACUUGCUUUCGUAACUGUAAUACUGUGACGUGAAGAAGUGACUUAUGACUGUCUCUUUAAGCGUUUGGUCAAGCUUUUGAUAGGUGAUGUGUAAAGUCUGAACUGCCAUGUCAUGGCAGGGUGAUGUGCAAUACUUACACUCACUAGAGAGUGAUAGAAAACAUAUCACACAUAAUAGAAAAAGGGCUUUUAUUCCCAGCUUGUUUGUUCAAAUGUAGAUCUUGAUCUUGUGGCCUCUGGCCAUGUGCUGUUUUUGAUCAAGAGCUGAAAGAAUUUGUGUAUCUCAGUUUAGCCAUUUACCCAUCCAUCGCUUUAUUGAUUGCACAUGACUGUGUGUGCGCACACGUGCAUGGAUGUGUAUGUGCUUUAAACAGAACAAAGGUUCACGUCUAUUCCAGGGGCUUGUUUUUAGCAUUCGUCUUGAUUGCUUUUAGGACUUUUUAAUGUCCCUGGACCUCUGGACUCACCCAGGACUGCUUCCUCCCUCUUGUCUUAAGAAACAGUCCCUGUAUUCACCUAAAGGAAUCAAAUUAAAUUAAACGGCCAUGCUUGAGAAGCUGCCUAGAAAACAUUUGCUUGUUUAUAAACCAUUUGGAUCGGUUGAAUUUUGAGAAACCAACCAUUGUUGCUAUAAUUCAGACUGAUUCUGAUGUCUUCUCAUUGGUCACAAGUUAAUUCUUUCUAUAAAAAUAAAAUCAAAAUUGGAUUGGAUGCAUAAACUGCUGAGAAAAUCCAGAUAUUGAAGCAUGCAUAUCUGUUAAUUUUCAGAUGCUGUAGAUAUUGUCUUCUGAGGUUGUUUGUACAUACCUCUUUGUGUCUGAAGGAUAUUGUAAGUUGGAUUGUAUAUUGAUUUUCUUUACUACAAAUGGAAAUGUAUGUUUUGAAAUGGAAUGGAUUUUGAUGCUCUAAUGCUGCUCAAACAGGUGUCAGCAUUGCAUGUUUUGCUUUAUAAGAUGAUGGUACUUCUGUCAUGGGUAAGUUGGAGAAAGGAUUUUAACUUUUGGGACAUUUUGAUGCCAGAGAGUGCUUUUUUGUUGUUUGUUUUUUGUUCUCCUUAUGAUGCCAAAGUAUUCUUUUUUUCUUUCCUGUGGGAAAACUGCUCUGUUCUUGAAAUCAAAGUCAAGGGCUAGUGCUCUCAAGGGAGAAAAUCUCCCAAUACGACUUGCUCUCUGCUGUGCCAUAUUAGGACGCAGGACCCAACCGGCCCCUGCCAUCGCAGAAAAUGGAGGGCUGAGCUUGGAACAGUGUGUGUUCUCUCCCCGAGGAACACGCUUUUUCGCGCACACAAACACAAAAACUCACAUACACUCCCCUCCAUAACCUCAUCUUGAUUGUGCUAGACAUCUUUAUUGAGUUUAUACAUGUAUGUUUUAACAGUCCGUUAAAUCGCUGAGCCAGGCUUCUUAAUGAGUUGCUCAUAAUCUUGCCCUCCUAAGCGGGUCCGAUUUUUAUUUGAUUAACUGGAGAGAAUUGUUUUUCACCUUUCACCUUAAAACAUUCCAAAUUGUAUUUCAUUUCUUAUCGUGAGUGAACACUUUGCGCAAGAGGAUAUGAAAGCACUGCAAAGUCUUUGUGAUUAACAACAUUUUGAACUGAAGUUGCUUGGCUGAAAGAAAACUUGAUCUGCUUCUCCGUAUUUUCGUCAGCAUAUCAACAAAUUGUCUGGUGUGUGUAGGGCUGUAACUGAGGUACUGGUGUAGUGUACCAUAAAUUUCGUAAUGAUGUCAUGUUUUAGAAAAUAAUUGUCAAUAAUAUAUUUAUAUUCUGGUAUAUCUGCACUGAGGAAAUAAAUGUGAUCUUAUCCUAUCUUAUUUGAAUGCUUGUCAUUGUAAGAAGAAAUGUAUGGUCGAAUGAGUAGAGUGUGUGUGUGUGUGUGUGUGUGUGUGUGAAUGGUGAAUGUAUGCAUGUUUUUAAUGUAGAUGUUUGUGCUAGAAUGCAUUUCUGACAGUACAUUAAUAAACUGUUGGUAAUUACUUCCAUUAGCACUUGUUCAUCACAUGCACACAUCCACUAUUUAACAUCAAAUGUACAAGUCAGUGUAAAGCAUUGGAAAACAUCCUACAUUCCUUGAACAAGUACGUGUGUUUUUAAGUCUUGCCAACUUAAACAUUUGUUUUUCUGUGACAUAUUGAAAGGCAGAAUUGUCUUUGUUUUCAUAAGUACUGUAAGUUUCUCAUGACCUUAUUUAAUGUUGCGUAGUAUUUCUGGUUUCACCAAAUUUAACAAUUAUCUAGGUUUUCUUGCAUGUCUAGACCAGAUUUGUCAUGCUAAAAGACCAUCCAAAUUGCAGAAGCAUCAAUUUAAACAGGUUUAAAACAAAAAUCAAAUAAGAAAACAAAUCAUUAAGAGGUUUUUUAUUACUCUGCAGCAAUAUUUGUCUUACAUGUUUCCUAACCAGGAGUGAUGGGGUAAGUUUUCAUUUGUCUGUCCAACCUGCUUGUCGACGCAACAUGCACAGCCUAGUAAAUGUUUAAUAUACAAUUAUGUAGAGCUAGAUUUUGAAGCAGUGAGAUUUCACACUGGACGGACUACCCAACACAACACAACGCCACAGAAAGAGAAACCAAGUGACCAGUAGAAAGUGAUGUGUGCUAUAUCUACAAUAUAUUUGCAAUCAUUUUCCUGGUAAUUAUUAUGUUACUUAUGAGGUGUCAUGAUUUUAUGUAAUAUGAUUUUAAUAAUAUGCUUAUUUAUUUAACUUAUUAUUUAACCAUGUUCAUAAAAACCAUGUCAUUAAAAAAAAUUUCACCAUCUUUAUUUGUCAUAUAACUUGCGAUUAUAAGUCUUAAGAUAUGUUUGCUGCUCAUUCUUUCUACUGAUUCAUUUAGAAACAGCCUUGGUUUAACAGAGAAAUAUGUGCUCUACGGAUGUGUAGAAGGGCAGAAAGAAAAUGGAAAAAGGAUAAAUGGCAAAUUUCUUUGUCCAACUAUUGCAAAAUUCUUUGUCCACAUUUCAAGUGGUUGCUCUGCAAAGGUCCAAAUUAUUUGUAAACUUAAUUUCUAAAAACUCCCGCUGUCCAAAGAUUCUGUUCUCCACCAUCAACUCUGUACUUAAUCCUCCCAGUGUGGUCGCUCUUGAUCACAGUCUGGAGUUGUGUGAGAAGUUUUGUAGCUUAUACAUAAACAAAAUCAGAUUUCAUAUUUUAGUGAAUCCAUCUCAGAUACUCUGGUACUUUCCUAUGAAUCCAGCUAACUUUCUAAAUUUCGUAUUUCAUGGAUGUUAUCUCUAACUUAAGAUUGAGUUUGAUUAUCUUCAACUCUUGAUGCUACUCAAACUACUUUGCUAAGGAUGUUGUAUUCAGUUGCAUCUAAUAUUCUGUCUGUUAUUAAUAGUUCUUUACAAAAAAGUUUUGUUGCAUCCUAUUUUAAACAUGCUUUUAUAAGAAAAUAAAAGCAAAUAAAUUCUGUUGUUAGAGCCAGCAUCUUAGGGGCAUACGGAAGCUUAAAUCUUUUAAUGAUUUAGAGACGUGCUUUUAUUUCAACAAGGCUUGACUAUUGUAAUGCCCUGUAUGCAGGUAUCAAACACUUUUCUCUUUCACACAUGCAACUGGUUCAAAAUGCUUCAGCUCAUUUCUUGAUGGGGAAAAAAAGAGGGAGUAUAUCACCCCUAUCUUAGCACAUUUACACUGGCUGUAAAAUUUAGAAUCGAUUUAUAAGGUUUUAAUUUUUGUAUUUGACCUGGCUACAACUUACAUUGCAGAUCUUGUCCCCUAUAACCAUUAUUAAUGAUUAAGCAGCAAAUCAUCAUAUUAAGAUGAUUUCUGAAUGAUCAUGUGACACUGAAGCCUGGAGUAAUGAUGCUGAAAAUCCAGCUUUGAUUACAGGCAUAAAUUCAAAUAUAUAUAUAAAAUUCAAAAUAUUACUGUUUUGACUGUAUUUUCGAUCAUAUAAAUGAUAAAAAAUCUUAAUUAUUCAAAACUUAUGACCAAUAGUGUAUUUCUAUAUAUUAUUUAAAUGGUGCAUUUAAAUGAAAAUGAUUAAUUUUCAGUUUUUCUUGUGUUCAUUUAGUGAAAAACUGUGGAAAACAUUGAUUAUUUUAACAACAAGUUUAGUGUUUUAAUUCCUGUAUUAAACAUUUUUAAUCUACUUGGUUAAAAUGGCUGUUUGAUUAAAGUGAUGGUUACUCAGAUUAAAAUCACGCUUUUAAGCCAUUUCAAAGUAAAUAUACAUAAAUACAUGUGUAUCAAAAACGGAAAAGGUGUUCAGUGUAACACUGUGUCCUAACUUAGUUUUCACAAUGACUGUUUACAUAAUAUAGUGUACAAUUCAGUCUCAUUAAACCUUUCUUUCUAGUCACUAAUGUAUUCUAACAGACCCCGGAGAUCGCUGCUGGUCCCAGACAUGUGCCCAGUGGGUGAGAUGUUGAAAGGAAAAGGAUGUAGACCCUCCCUGCCUCCGUCUUAGUGAGGGAGUGGACUACAGUGAACCCACCAACUCACCCACCCUCAGUUUCUCACUCUCUUUCAUCAAGCUCACUACACUUUUUAUAAUCAGCCUCCCCCAAGAAAAACAAAAUGCCAUUUUUGCUCAUUGUUGCCGAUCAGAAUAAACGACCGUAAACAAUGGUUAGGAAAAAAAGUACAGUGCUUCCUGCGGAAGCAACCUUCCCCCACCGCACACACAAUCUCACCAUCACAGUCAAAACCCAACACAAGUUAUGUUUUGUGCUCCGCGCUCACGCAAGAGGUUCACACAAAUCCUCUUUUAAGCAGUCUUAUGUCACCACGAUUUUCUUAGCACUUUUCAGGGUCCAGGAUGACUUUCCCCAAUGCUAGCAGA